UCGGAGAUCACCGACUGCACCGGCUGCAUCGCGAGCCCGUCGGCGGACAGCGAAGGCCAGAUAGCGUAGGACGGACAGCGAGCAGCGGACGACGAGUGGCCAGCGAUGAGGCCCAGCUAGUCGGCCCCCACCCGCGCCGAUGAGCGCACGCAGGCGGCGUGACCUCGUCCCGUGAGGUGAGCGGACCGCGCGCCACCCUCCCCGCGAUGGGGCCCGCAGCCUCCCUGGCGCUCGCCCUGGCCCUCGGGCUCGCGCUGGCGUCGCCAGCAGCCGCCAAGGCCGCCAGCCCUCUGCGCACCGUCUGGUCCAGCCUCUACCCCAAGGGGCCCGACUCCGGCUCCGACCCCGGCGCCGAGUGCGCCGGCUGCGCCCAGAACCGCGUCUCCCAGCUCGAGCUCGACCCCGUGCUCACCGAGCUGCGCGUCGAGUACGUCAAGCAACAGAUCCUCAAGAAGCUGCGCCUCUCCAAGCCGCCCGAGGUCUCGCUCUCGAUCUCCACGCUACCCAAGCCGCUCGUCAACGGACACGUGCUCGAGCUUCGGCCCGGCGCCCCUCUCGCCCCCGAUGCGCAGGCCGAGAGCUUCUAUGGCAAAACUGACCAGAUCGUCGUCUUUCCAAAACAAGGCGUCACCGAUUCGAAGAAGUGCAGGCAGAGCUCGAACCACCUCUCGGGCUUCAACCCUGCGGCUUGCUUCACGUUUUGCCUGCCGAGCGGGAUGCAGUUCGUCGACGUGACCUCCGCCGAGCUCUGGUUUUACAAGGAGCCGGACGAGAACGACGUCUUCAACCAGACGUUCGUCCUCUCGGAGGUCGACCAUUGGGACCGGGGUGGAGACUUCGAGAAGAACACCAUCAUGGCCAUCUUCGAGACCGCGGUCGGAGAGGGCUGGGUUAAGACGGACGUGGGAUUCGCGGUGAAGAAGUGGGUGGAGCGGCAGGAGCCGAACCACGCGAUGCAGAUCGCGUGCAGCACCUGCACGAUCGACCGGGCCUCCGCGCCGAUCUCCGUCGAGCAGACCCUGAAGCCGUUUUUGGUGAUCCACACGUCGCCGCUCCCUCCGAAGAACCGGCCCAAGAGGAACUCCAACUGUCUACCGGAGAUGAAGGAGUGCUGCAGGGACGAGCUCUACAUAAGCUUCGAGGACAUCGGCUGGAGCGACUGGAUCCUGCAUCCGAGCGGGUACCACGCCUACUUCUGCAGGGGCUCCUGCUCCUCGGCGGCGUCCUUGACUUUGAGCGCCUCGCCCUACAACAACGUCAUCCGAAAGUUCUUGACGAGGAAGGGCCACGUCCUUCAUCGGCGCAGCGAGAUCGUCCCCUGCUGUUCGCCCACCCAACUCUCGCCCAUCCAGCUGCUCUAUGUCGACACGAACAACACCAUCACGCAGAAGACCCUGCCCAACAUGGUGGUCGAGGCCUGCGGCUGCAUGUGACCCGGCCGCGACCUCCGCGUAUCGCCGCGUCGCCCGGAAGACCGAGACAGUAUUCCCCUAGCACCUUAGCCGCUCCGAACCGCCCGGAGGGCGAUAUUUAAUUACCUAAUUACGCCUAUGACUUGCGGCGCGCCAGAUCCGCAAAACUUUAAUUAAUGCUUAUUUAUUAUCGGCGCAGGCGACGCGUCGCGCCGUCUUUGCGAGUGUGCCGCCCCCGACGACGCGAACGCUUGCCACUCACUCACCCUUAGGUCGAUCCUCGCAUCCAUCCUCGCGUUCAUCUCUUCGGAUCGAUCCUCGCGACUCGGUCCUUAUGAUCGAUCCUCGUCGGUCGAGUCGUUACUUUGCACGCGAGAAACGCUUCCCGGUGACCAAGGCUUCUGCCAUUUUGCGCUGUCGAGCGGGUUACUCGAUAGAUAGUCCAAGGCCAGGUUUUUCCCCAGGGAGACACGUUUCCUGGAAGCCUAGAAAACGAAAUGGAAUGCUUUAUAAUGCGAAGAACGUUAAGACAUCGCUUCGCUGGAUAGAAUUUUCAGAAAGGAAAUGAUUUGUCACGUGUUUUAUGUACUUGGAUCCAGAAUGAUGGUGGCCCUCUUGCGUUGGGCCGGAUUCGUAAAUUGUCAAUUUAGUUGCGCGCUCCCGAAGUAUCGAAAUAUCGGCAUACCUUGGUCGAGGGUACGGGAUGAGUUACAAGCUUCCUAGUGCCUUGUGUAAUAUUUACAUCCGCAUUCCCAUAUGUGGAUCACGCUUUAAUGACCGUCGACGGAAUUCCUUGAACGGGGUUCACGUAUGCGUUCCCAGUGUUGGCGACGUGCAAUUCCUAAGGAUAUGUAAAACGGAAAUACAUGUACGUAUAUGUAGGCCAUGUCUACGGAGAUUGCUUUUUAUAAUAUAUUAAAAUAUACCUCGUA